AUGGCUGGCGGCGACCAUGUGGCCCUCCACAACAGUCUUCGCGAUCUGGUGUUUGACUAUUGCCAACGGGCUCAGGUCCGCCCAGUGCUUGAAGCCCCCGGGCUCCUGAAUGGCCAGCGACGCCCUGCAGACGUCUUGGUGCGGUCCGCCACUGGUCUGGUGCCUCGCUUGCCUGACGGCGCGCAGCCCCACAACCCACCUCCAUUGGCAUUAGACAUCGCUGUCGUGAAUGCUUUGGGGGAUACCCAUUGGGACGCCACACGACAGGCGGCUGGAGCUGCCUGCUUGGCCUAUGCUCAGCGCAAGCGGGCUCACAAUAGGACUGCGGGCCUGUGUGAAGCUGCUGGGGUUCGCUAUCUCCCCUUGGUCUGGGAGGCGCAAGGUGGGAGCACGCCUGAGACUCGGGCCUUUGUCCACCGCCUGUGCGGGGCAGUUGCUGUGGUCGAAGGGCUGGAUCCCGGAGUGGUGAAGAGCCGGUUCAGUGACCAAGUUGCUGUCUUGCUGGCUCGCGCCAGCGGGCGGGCCAUUCGUCGCCGGCAAGCUGUCGUGGGAGACAGAGCCGGCCUUCCCCUGGACCUUGGUGCAGCAUUGGCGCUGCCAGUGGCCAUUCAGCCUGGCUCAAUCAGGGCUUGGUUCCCCGCCACCGGCAUUCGGGUCCUAGACCGUAGCUUUCGCAACCGCUGGCACAUCACUUGGCUAGCCAUCUGA